GUUUGAGAUGGAGUUCUCGAUUUUUCUUCUUCUCAGAUUCGGAUUAAGUUUUUCGUUAAGGUUAUUUGAUUUGGAAUGGAUUGGGGAAGUCUAUUUGAUUUCCUCUGUUAGACUUCUAGAAAAAAGCGGGGAGUAGGAUGUAUGAAGAACAUGGAGACAGGAGAGGUGGUACAAGGCAGCAGGCUAAGCAGUUACCUCAAGGGCAAGAAGGUGGAUGGGAAAAACCUAGGAAACCUGCUGCAAAAAGAGCCUUGGAUUUUUCUGGAGAAGAAAAUGGCGGAGGAUUCCACUACCAAACGGAGAAGGGAGAAAACAGUAAGCCUCAGAGGCGAUUUGAGAAAAAUCAGACUUCUAUUUGGGGGCAAAAAAAGAAUUUCUCCGGCUCUUGGGCUGUGAGUAAUGCUUUAACAAGGAAUGGAGGGGCCACAGAGGUUUUUAAAGAUGCUCAACCUUCAGCUCAGGGCAUGGUUUAUGGAAGAAAAGGUGCAGGACCUGCUUGGCCUAAACCUUUGUAUCAGCCUAAAUCGUCUUCCAAGGAGGCGCUGAUUACCCAGCAGGUUGGUCAAGAUCCUUUAAAUGUUCUGCAAGGUGAAGAACAGAAUGACAUCGGUUUAGAGGAUAUCCUGGUAUUGGGAGAAGAGGAUCUUAUAGGAGGUAUGCUUUUCUCAGAAAAUACUGAUGACUUAUUAGAGGAUGGAGAAUGUCAAUUUGAUGAGGAGAUUGAUGUUCAUGAGAAGACGGAGGAGACUAUGGAAGUUGAAGGACAAGUGAUCCCUAUGGAGAACAAAAUCGCUCCUAAAGGUAAACCUAAAAUCUCUGAAGUCUUACCUAUUGAUAUUGGUAUUGUAAGUCAGGGAUUGAAAGGCAUAACACUGGCUGUUGCUAAAAACCAGAAAAUUAAGAAACCUAUUAGUUAAGGGAUUAAAGGAACUAGUGGUAGUAAGAAUUAUGCUAUGCUUGUGGCUUCACCGGGUAAACGACUUUUGGCUAAAGCUAUGUCUAAUAAAUUUUCAGAGGCUGG